CGAUAUUUGGUUAUUUGUGUAGUGAAAUAAUUUUUUGCCUAAUAACAUAUUAUAGUAAUUAUUAUUAUUGUAUAAUGAUUAAAAUUUAACAGUAUAAUUGUAUUAUAGAUAAUGUCGAAUAUUUUGGAAUUGGAUAAAGCAAGGAAGGACGUUGAACUCGAAAUGGAAGCUUUAAUGAGUUAUUUAAACAGUGAAGAGUGUAAAUAUGUGGGUUUAAAUGGUCCCCUAGUUGACGAUGACCAGUUUCCCAGAAAUGAUAUAGAUAUUUAUGAGGUCAGAAAAGCAAGAGGAAGAAUUAUGUGCUUAAAAAACGAUUACGAAAAGUUAACUGAAGAGAUAGAAAAGCUUCUACAUGAACUACACAAACAACAUCGAAAUAAGGAAGUAAAUAAUAAAAUGAAUUCAUAGUGUUUUGAUUCCUUGUUUAAUAAUUAAAUUUAUAUUUUAAUA